UUUAUUAAAAAAAAAAACAAAGUCUUGGUGAAAGGAGACACUUUGGGAUUUCAGGGUUUUGUUUAACGAGUGGUUUUAAAGAACGGAUUUUUGAGGUGAUUGGAGCAAGAAAAGAAAUGGGUAGUUUUGGGAGGAGUGGUGCAGUCAGGCAGUAUAUAAGAUCAAAGGUGCCUCGUUUGAGAUGGACACCUGAGCUUCACCAUUGUUUCGUUCAUGCCAUUGAAAGGCUUGGCGGCCAGCACAAAGCUACGCCGAAACUUGUUCUUCAACUGAUGGAUGUGAAAGGGCUCACCAUUUCACAUGUGAAAAGCCACCUUCAGAUGUAUCGGAGCACGAGAAGUGAUAUUGGCAGACAAGACAGGAGUUCAAACCAUCAAAGAAGACAGUCUUUAGAGAAUCAUGAUGGAUGUGUUGAUGAAGUAAAUGAUCAUAAGGGUUUUCACUCAGCUUCAAACCCCAUUGAAGAAGAAGAAUCAGAUUCUCAUUACGGUUCACUCCGUUCUUCAAAAAGAGCUAGAAUGGAGACCACCAUGAGUACAAUUUCUGACGAGACAAUGUCAAUUCCGCACAGCUUUGAUGAUCAUCUUCACACCAUGGGAAUAAAGGAGCAGCAGGGUCAAUCCUCAACCUUCUCUCAGCUGCCAUUUUCUUUCAGAUAUUCAGUAGAACAACCUAAUUACCAUAAGGUUGGCAAGGUUGAAGUAGAACACGAACACGAAGUGAAACAAGAAGAUAAACACAUCAAACGGAACGUAAAGAGAUCAUGCAUACAACACGAUGAGGAGGAGGAAGAAGAAGAAGGCGGAUGUGAAUUAUCGUUGUCGCUGUCGCUGCAACAUCAGCCAUCGUCACAGAGAAGUAAUACAUCUUGUACAAGUGAGAUGAGCAGCAGCAAGAGAUUGUCAUCAUCCUACUCUAAUUAUAAAGACUGUUCCAUACCACGUAGUCUUAACUUGGAUCUUUCCAUUGCUCUUUGUGGCAACUAAUCUUCAUUUCCCCCCUAAGCUAAAUAUAUGAAUAUUUGGUCCUCCCUUUUUUCUAAUGUUCAAAUCACGUUCUCAAGGU